UUACGUUUGUCACUAAUUAAAGCAUGGAAUAUUUUUUUUUAUAUUUUCAUUCAACACUUGCUUUUUAAGGGAGACAGUUGAGUCUACUGUCUGCUUUGGUCAGCUGCUUUAUUGGCAUAUUGUCUUUUUGAGAGUUGAGUCUUCAAGUCAACAUGUUGGGCUUAGUACGCCAGCCAUUACUAAAAUCUGUUAGAAUUGCACAGUUGGGUGUUAAAAAAUUUGCACAACCGAACCCAAGAGCUAUACUCCAAAGAUCAUGCUCAUCAAUUUUUUCAGUUGGUGUUAAAAAAUUUGCACAACCGAUUCCAAGAGUACUCCAAAGAUCAUAUGGAAGUUAUGUAGAGCCUAGAAGUGUGUCAAAAGAAGUCUUCAUUAUUAUAAUUGAUACGUUGCAGAACAUAUGUCUUAUAGUCAUAUUGUAUUAUUUGUACCGAUAUUGCAAGUUGAUUGACAAAGAACUGCAAAAUGAACAAAAUUCAACUGAAAAAAAUGAUACCAGUCCAUAAUUUUUUGUAAUCAGAUUAUUGUGUA